UGGAGGCGGGGUGGGCGGUGAUGCUUGCGCGUGCUCGGUAAAGGUGUGACGCGCAGGUCGCUGACGUCAUCGCUGUACCUGAGUUUCGGGCCGGAGUCGGAAACUGAGAGCGUUUUUACACUGGAGUUUUUGUGUGUUUGUUGUGUGCGCUUUGUGCUUGUUGAUCGUGUGUGUGUGAGAGUGUGUGUGACCGGAGAUUCAUUACUCGGGAGUAACUCCGUUCGGAGUUUUAUUUUAACUUCGCUAUUUCCUGCUUCCGGUUGAAGUUUCAGGGAGAUGUCUGUUCACCCUCGGCGUGUACGGCUGAAGCCGUGGCUCGUUGCUCAGGUGGACAAUGGGACGUUUCCUGGCCUUGUGUGGCUUGACCGUGAAGCCAAACGCUUCCAAAUCCCUUGGAAACACGCCACGCGCCACACAGCUCAGCAAGAGGAGGAGAACACCAUCUUCAAGGCAUGGGCUGUAGAGACGGGGAAGUUUCAGGAAGGUGUAGAUGAACCUGACCCUGCGAAGUGGAAAGCUCAGUUGCGGUGCGCUCUCAACAAGAGCCGGGAGUUUAACCUCAUCUACGAUGGAACUAAAGAAGUUCCCAUGAACCCCCUGAAGAUCUAUGAUGUGUGUGACAUCCCCGCCCCACUUAGCAACCCCGGUUCCACAGGUUCUGCUCCUGCUUAUGACUCUGAUGGUGAAGAAGAUGAUGUUCCUGAUACACCAGAACCACCACCACCUCCAUAUCACCCACCAGUGGGUGGUUCUCCUCUGGCACCACCUGUGUGGACUUCCCCAGGCUCCACCUCCCCCCUGCAGCCCUCCCCUCAGGUGUGGCCUAAAAAAGAGCCUCAGGACGUGGAGAUGAAUGCACCAGCAGCCAUGGAGAUCCAACCUGCUUCUAACAUGGACACACAGCCAAUAACCGAUGUGCUGUUCACUACACCGGAGACCUGGAUCAGCUCUCUGCCCAUGACAGAUCUGGAGGUACAGUUUUAUUACCGUGGUAAGGAGGUGUGUCCUGCGGUGACGGUCAGUAACCCACAGGGCUGCAGGCUGUUUUACGGGGACCUGGGACCAAUGGUCAAUCAGGAGGAGCUGUUUGGACCUGUGAGUCUGGAGCAGCUCCGUUUCCCGUCCACUGAACACAUCACUAACGACAAACAGCGUCUCUUCACCAACCGCCUGCUGGACGUCAUGGACCGUGGCCUCAUCCUGGAGAUCAGCGCACACGACAUCUACGCUGUGCGUCUCUGCCAGUGUAAAGUGUACUGGUCAGGCCCGUGUGGUCCGAACGCCAACGCACCCAACCUCAUUGAGCGCCAGCGCCGAGUCAAGCUCUUCUGCCUCGAGACCUUCCUCAGCAGUGUUAUAGCUCAUCAGCGUGGUCAGACUCCAUCUCUACCUCAGUUUGAUAUUCAUCUUUGUUUUGGUGAGGAGUGGCCUGAUGGACGUCCAAGAGAGAGAAAACUCAUCAUGGUGCAGGUGGUCCCUGUGGUGGCGCGGAUCAUCACUGAGAUGUUUAGUUCAGAUGGAACUCGCUCCUUUGACAGCUCCAGUGUGCGUCUGCAGAUUUCUGUCCCGGACAUAAAGGACAACAUCGUCACGCAGCUCAAACAGCUGUACCGCCUGCUGCAGAAUCACCAGGGCAACGAGGCCUGGACCCUCCCAUCGGCUGGCCCUGCCCAUCUGCCCCACCCCUUGCAUACAUAGUGACAGCCUAACACACAGAGACAGACCGCUGUGUUUUCCCUUGUACAUUAAAACAUUUAUUUAGUUUAUAUGGAAUAUUACUGUUCUUAGUUUUUGUAGUGUUGAUUUAAUGUUUUUGUUUAUUAUUCAGAUAUUUUAUGUACAUGAAUUCAGAUCAACCCUGAUGGUAUGCAUCACCUUUGUCAGCUAGUGGGCGUGUUCACUGGUGGGUGUGUCAGCUGGUGGGCGUGUCAGUAGUCUGAGUGUCUUAUGUUUAUGGCAUAUUAAAAGUAUUUUAUUAGUGACUCUCCUCUGAUUGGCUGGACACACCCUCGUUUCCAAUUUACAGUUGUGCGUUGUUUUUUAAAGUGGACAUUGAUCAAAUGGUCUGUAGUGUGGGGACUGUCCUAAUUCUGCUCUUCCCCUACCCCCUAUUCCCUACCCUCUAUUCCCUACUCCAUACCUCCUACUCCAUACCCCCUACUCCCUACCCCCCACCAUCUAUUCCCUACUCCUUACCCACCAACUCCUUACCCCGACUCCCUACCCCCUAGCCCCUACCCCUUAACCCUUCACAUUUAUCAGGUCUGUAUACUACACCAUCAUAUAAUUAUUGUUUUUAUUAUUAUUUCAGAUAAAAAUAAACAUUUUCUAUUCUAA